AUGUCGCGCGACGACACGACGUCGACCGAUGAGGGCGUGACACUCAUGGAUUACGUGCGAGGCGACGGACCGCCGAGAUUUUUUAGUCCGCUCGUUCGUUCUCGCGAACGGGCGUCGACGUCGGCGUCGACGAAACCGCUCGCCGUGUACCUCCCCGGGUUGGACGGAACCGGCUUUAGCGCGGCGUCUCAAUUCGAGUACAUCGUCAAUGAAUUCGAUUUAGUCGCGCUGAACGUGCCAGCCAGCGAUCGCGGCGAUAUUUUCGACUUGGUGAACGUCGUGACAUCGUACCUCGAGGCGCGAGCCGAGCGCAGCGACGUGUAUCUCAUCGGCGAGUCUAUGGGUGGUUUAUUAUCUCUCUGCGUGGCGAGUGCGCGACCCGAUCUUGUUACGCGGUUGAUUCUGGUCAAUCCCGCGAGCUCGUUCGACAAGAGCGCGUGGCCCGUGCUCGGACCGGUGUUGCCGUCGAUUCCCAGCGAGCUGUGGGGCGCGCUUCCGUACGCGCUUACACCGGUUCUGAUGGAUCCAAUUCGAAUGGCGCGCGGUAUUUUCGACAAGGUGACAGAUAAAGUUGUUCGCACGAACGACGCCAUCGGCACGAUGACUGAGGCUGUCGACGAGCUCAUCGGAAUGCUUCCCGCGCUCGGCGCCUUGGCAGAAAUCAUCCCGCGCGAUACGCUCGCGCACAGGUUGGACAUGGUGCUUCGACUCGGUUGCGAGCACUUGAACGGCGAUGACUACGCACGUUUGAGCGCUAUUACCGUGCCAACACUCGUCGUGGCGAGUGAAAACGACAAUUUAAUUCCGUCUCUAGAUGAGAGCGAGCGACUGCGCAAGUGGCUCCCGAAAGCAAAGGUUGAGGUACUCAAAGGAGCUUCGCACGCCGCCUUGCAGGAACCCGGGGUCAAUUUGAUGUUGAUUGCGAAACGAAACGGGUUCCUCCCGAAGCACUCAGACGCACCAUUGAUGACGCGCGAUGAUGAGUUCGAUCCACCGUCUCCGGCUGACAUCCAACGCGCUCGGGAAAGUCUCGCUACUUUACGAGCAAUAACGAGCCCAGUCUUCUUCAGCACGAGAAGCGAUGGCAAAAUCGUGCGCGGGUUGGGAGCCGUACCGAUUCGUCAACGUGGCGGGAGACCUAUUCUGCUUGUGGGGAAUCAUCAAACCUUGGCUCCUGACCUUGGAUUCUUAGUGGACGAAUUCUUGAAUGAAUACGACGUGUGCGUGCGCGGUCUCGCCCACCCAGUCGUCUCUCGCGAGGGUGGUUUGGCUGCUAUGGGAGACGAGCCGCGGGCGUUCGAGGACAUGUUUCGGGAUGCGGUUAAAAACACACCGAUCGAGUCUUUAUUGCCUCGUCGCGAGCCAAAGCCACCGCGUCGGGCCGCGAACAUCGUGGGUGGUGGCGGGAGCUUUGCAACGUUCGGCGCCGUGCCGGUGAGUGGUUUUAAUUUCUUUCGCUUGAUGAAGAAGGGCGAGGCUGUGCUUUUGUUUCCCGGAGGUGUUCGUGAAGCCUUCAAGCGUAAAAACGAAGAGUACAAAUUGUUUUGGCCGUCAAAACCGGAGUUCGUUCGCAUGGCCAUCAAGCAUAACGCAUUGAUUGUACCGUUCGCCGCAGUCGGCGCCGAAGAUUCGAUCGAUAUUGUUGCCGACGCGACUGACUUGCUGAAUGCGCCGCUCGGGAUUGGCGAUUCCGUUCGAGAACGUUCCCAAAAAGUGCCGACGGCGCGCUCCGUGGACACGCGUGUGACCACGGACGCGGGCGAGGAGGAACUCUUCAUCCAGCCCGUGGUCACGCCCAAGGCGCCGCAACGAUUUUACUUUCGGUUCAUGGCGCCCAUCGACGCGAGCGAAAUCGAUUUGAACGACGAUGUGGGUGUCAAUGAUAUGUAUCUUCGCGUACGACGCGAAGUCGAAUGGGGUAUCAAGUACCUUCGCGAAGAGCGUGAACACGACCCGUUCAAAGAACUCGCGCCGAGAUUGUUGUACGAGGCCGCGACCUCUUCGCAAGCACCGACUUUCACACCUAACGCGAGAUAA